CGGAAGUUAACUGCUUGAAUGGGAUAUUACGCAUGCGCAAUCUUCUCGUGCGUUCGACCUCCACUUGUCACCGACCUUGAUCAUCUUCAGCUGCCGUGGUUGACCUGACGAGGACGUCCUGUCGUGAUGUAUGCUUGUGCUAAGUUCGUUUCCACGCCCUCUCUGGUCCGUGCUGGAUCUCGGGCUCUUUACAGGCCACUGUCAGCGGCUGUAGUGUCGGAUACUAAGAGGGCAGAGACUGCUGCACUCCUGCCACCACAUGGCAUUGCUAUCUCCCAGCAACAGGUGGCGCUGCGUUGGUUUCAGACAAGCGCAGUGAGCCGUGACAUUGACACAGCCGCAAAGUUUAUUGGUGCUGGAGCUGCCACUGUUGGAGUGGCUGGGUCCGGAGCCGGUAUCGGGACCGUGUUCGGAAGCCUCAUCAUCGGCUAUGCCAGGAACCCUUCACUGAAGCAGCAGCUGUUCUCCUAUGCUAUCCUGGGCUUUGCUCUGUCUGAGGCCAUGGGUCUCUUCUGUCUGAUGGUUGCGUUCCUCAUUCUGUUUGCGAUGUAACCCAUUAAGGUGUCUACUGCCAGGGACACAUCAAAAUCAUCAAGAAGGAGCAGUCGGGGCGCCCGUGAAUGGUACCAGAACUUAAUCUAAACAUGGUGCUUAGUUGUCAUCAUCGAUGUAUGUAAUGAUUGUGAAAUCACGUGAUGUGUGGAAUUUGGCAAACCAUUUUUGAUGGAUUUUACUAGUAUAUUGUAUAUUUAAUCAAAUGUUUUUGUUAAAGACCUUACAAGAAAAUUAAAAACAUUUAAUUCUG